AUGACAACAUCUUAUAUUCAUUUACGUUCCCAUGUUAAUCCAAAAUCCAAUCUUCCCAAUAAUGAAUCAAGAAAACAUGUAUAUCCUUAUCGCAAAUUUCAAACUGGUUCCACAACUACAUUUUCUGGUUAUACAAAUAUAUCUACUAAUAAAAACAUUAAAUCUUUUAAAAAUGAUAUAGAAGAUAAUAAUCUAAUUAAUUCUAAAUUUAACAAAAAUACUAAUAAUGUUUUUAUACCUUCUCUUAUGUCUAUUGAAUGUUUCCAACAACCACCACGUAAAAAUCGUCGAAGUUAUCAUCAUGCUCAACAAUAUAAAGACCAAGCUCCAUUAAUUGAAAUAAAUUAUCCAAAUGAUAAUGAUAAUAAUUUAACAACAUCUAAGGUUUAUCAAGGAAUCAUUCUCUCUGAUUCCAUGUGUAAGUAUGUUCGUCCAGAACAAGUAAGUACAAACAACAUAAAGGUAACAGUAUCAUUUGAAUCCGGUUGUGAUUGCAACCGGAUGCUUAACUUUUUAGAACAAAUAUCAAUUGAGCAAAGUAGUAUAUUUAAAAUGGACUUUAUUGUUCUUUCUCUUUGUACGAAUGAUGUUGCGAAUUUAGGACCGGAAAUUGCUAUUAAACGAUGUCGUUACUUAAUUCAGCGUGUGCGACAAUUAUUUCCAAACUUAAAAGCCAUCGGGUGGCUUGCACUAUCACCACGAUGGAAACCAUCUAAGUUAUUCGAUUCCUCGACAAUUAAUGAUAAGAAUCAAAAAUUUAAUCAACUCUUACAAACACUAUCACGACAAAUGAACUUCGAGGUCAUUCAUGCGAAUCUUCAACAUAACCAUAUGCAUCAUGAUGGUCUUCAUCCAUCAAUCAGAUCAGGUCGUAUAUUACUUGAAAAAUCAUUGCAUAAUUGGUUCAUUAAACAUACACAAGAUUUUCAUUUAGAUAAUGUUCAAAAAGAUAUUCGGGAAAAAAAUCAAUCACAACAACAACAACAACUACUACUACAUCAUCAAACAAAUCUACAACAACAUCAUAAAAAAACUCAACAACACCAACAAACAAGAAGACAUCAACAACAAGAUUCAAAAUACCAAUAUCAUCACCAACAUCAACAACAAAAACAAAGACAAAUUCAAGAUUCUAACAAACCAGAAGAAGCAAAACAUUAUCAAGAACAUAGAUACAAUGAUCUACGAAAUAACAAAAAUCAUCAACGACGCUCAACAAAUGAAAAAAAUGAAAAUCAAUAUUUAUCAAUUAAAAAACUAAUUAAUGAUAAUACUAUACCAAUAGCAAGACCAUCACAUGAUGGCUUAACAGAUGCGCCUGCUCCAUUAGAUUUGAGUGAUUUUUCAGAAAUUUUCGAUGAAUGGCUACCGGAUCCAAUACCGGGACAAAAGAGAAAAAUCGGACAUCGAAGAGAUGAUCCACCAACACCACCAUCACCACGCCAACCACCACCAAUUAUUCCCAGAAGAACUUUACCUCCAAGAAACAACAACGUACCACUAACAGGAGGAUCUGUACAAUCUUCACCAUUCUUCCAUGGUAGAAAAGAUACAGAUAAAAGCAGAGAACAAAAACAGUAUUCUUUCCAUGCACUACUACCAUUGGGAAAAGAAACAGAAAAUAAGAAUGAAAAUAUAGAUAAAAAUGAAAUAACAGAACAUCGAAUAAGACAAGUACAGACUACGAACGAUGACGAUCAGAAUAGAAAAAAAGAAUCUUCGAUGGCAAUAUCCCCCAUCCAAAGCUCUACACCAGAACCGAUGAUACGAUCACCAUCGGUUAUACCGAAAGAUAGUAUAGAUGAAAUAUAUAAAAAAUUCGAAUUUAUAGUCAUUCCUAUAGAAUGUCGUUAUCAUUUCAAACG